CUUGCAACAAAACCCUCACCACUCUUUUUUGUGUUUGAAGUUGAACAGAAGAAAAAAAAAAAAAAAAAGAUUUUGUAUCCAACAAUGGGGUAUGAGAAGAAGGAAACAAUCCCAGGAAAUGAAUCGAAUUCGGUGAAACUCAAGUACGUGAAGCUUGGUUACCACUACUUAAUCUCCAACGCCAUGUAUCUUCUUCUUGUGCCACUCACUGUAGCUUCGGCUCAUCUUUCCGUGGAAGAUUUCUUCCAUUUGUUGAACCAUCUUAAGCUCAAUCUCAUAUCCGUCACACUUUUCACUGCGCUCACGGUUUUCCUCGCAACCCUUUACUUGGUGGCUCGUCCUAGGCGAGUUUAUCUGGUGGAUUUCGCAUGUUUCAAGCCCCCUGCAGCUCAUUUGUGCAGCAAGGAAACUUUCAUGGAAAGGUCUAAGCAAACGGGGAGUUUCUCGGAGGAGAGUUUGAGCUUUCAGAGGAAGAUUUUGGAGAGAUCAGGGCACGGACAAAUGACUUAUGCACCAAAGUCUUUGUUGGAAGUUCCGGCAAACCUGACUUUCGAGGAAGCUAAGAAAGAGGCGGAGAUGAUAAUGUUUGGAGCUAUCGAUGAACUGUUAGCGAAAACUAAUGUGAAGGUUAAGGAUAUAGGGAUUCUUAUUGUCAACUGUAGCUUGUUCAAUCCAACUCCAUCCUUGUCGGCCAUGGUUGUCAACCGGUACAAGCUCAGAGGGAAUGUUCUGAGCUAUAGCCUUGGUGGGAUGGGCUGCAGUGCUGGACUUAUUUCCAUUGACUUGGCCAAACGCUUGUUACAGGUGCAGCCCAACUCGUACGCGCUUGUAGUGAGUAUGGAGAGCAUGACUCUCAACUGGUACAGCGGAAAUAACCGCUCAAUGCUCAUCACCAACUGCCUCUUCCGCCUGGGUGCGGCGGCGGUCCUCUUAUCAAACCGAUUAUCCGAUCGCUUUCGUUCAAAGUACCAACUCGUCCACACUCUGCGCACCCACAAGGGCGCAGACGACAAAUGUUACGACUGCGUCUUUCAGAAAGAAGACGCCGACAAAAAACUCGGCAUCGCGCUCUCCAAAGACCUGCUGACGGUCGCCGGCGAGGCCCUUAAAACCAACAUCACGACGUUGGGGCCGUUGGUUCUUCCCCUGUCGGAACAAAUCCUGUUUUUCAUGAAUUUGGUGGCGAGAAAGGUGUUCAAAAUGAAGAUAAAACAAUAUGUUCCGGAUUUCAAGCUGGCUUUCGAGCAUUUCUGCAUACACGCCGGCGGGAGGGGGGUGCUGGAUGAGCUGGAGAAGAACCUCGGACUCGACAAAUCCCACAUGGAGCCGUCGAGGAUGACUCUUUACAGGUUUGGGAACACUUCCAGCAGCUCAUUGUGGUAUGAGCUGGCGUACUGUGAGGCUAAGGGGAGGAUCAAGAGAGGUGACCGGGCGUGGCAGAUUGCGUUUGGGUCAGGAUUCAAGUGUAACAGCGCUGUGUGGCGAGCAUUGCGAACCAUUGAUCCGGCCAAGGAGAAGCAGAAUCCAUGGAUGGAUGAGAUUGAUGAGUUUCCUGUUCAUGUGCCAGACGUGGCAUCCAUUGUUACUUGAAAAAUUAAUUAAUAUGCACGCGUGUGUGUACGUACGCGUUAUUUUAUGUUUCGAUUUUUUUUCUUUUUGGGAAGGGGUGUGGGGUUGGCUUUAGUAUUCUCCUCGUCUCUUCUUAAUCGAAUAAUGUUUUAUUAGUUAUA